CCGCGGCGACCUCGCGGCCGCGCUCUGCCCAGCAGGUGUCGGUACCGCCCGGGGCGCGGGCCCGGCGGCGACGGCGCGGCCCCUCCCUUCCGCCGCUCUCGGGCCUGCCCCUCGGCGUUCCCGGGCGGGCCGCGGCAGCGUCCCGGGCCCGCCUCGGACGCAGUUGGCGUGGGCGCCGAGGGCGCCAGACCGGGCUCCGAGGCCCAGCCGGCCGAGUGCGGGAGAGCGGAGGCGGCCCGGGCACCGCCCGCGCCCGAGCGCGAGCGCGCGGCCACCGCCCCCUCGGCCCACCCCUCGCCCUGCCCCGCCCCCAGCCCUCGCGCGCCGCCCGCCCGGGUCGCCGCGGGGCCGUGGUGUACGUGCAGAGCGCGCAGAGCGAGUGGCGCCCGCACGCCCUGCGCUGCUCCGCGGGCCGAGCUGGCCCGCCUGGGACGCUGAGGCGGCGGCGGCCGAGGCGGCGGGUCUCGCGCGCCGGGCCUGCGUGCCCGAGCGGAGGUCGCCGUCCGCCGCGCAGGCCGCGCUCCCUCAGCCCUCGGCGGCGAUGAGGCGUUGAGGCGGCGGCCGGCGCCGCGCGGCGGGACCGGAGGACGAGGAAGCGGCCCGGCCGAGGGCGCGGGGCGCUGGCUUCCCGAGGCGAGGGGCGGCGGGUGCAUGGCGCAGUGACGGCCCUUGCCGCUCCUCCCGCUCCCCGGCCCCAGGCGAGGCCGUCCGGCCGCCACCCCUCCUGCUCGGCCGCCGCCUCCACCGCCGCCGCCAUGGCCAAUGACAGCGGCGGGCCCGGCGGGCCGAGCCCGAGCGAGCGAGACCGGCAGUACUGCGAGCUGUGCGGGAAGAUGGAGAACCUGCUGCGCUGCAGCCGCUGCCGCAGCUCCUUCUACUGCAGCAAGGAGCACCAGCGCCAGGACUGGAAGAAGCACAAGCUCGUGUGCCAGGGCGGCGAGGGCGCCCUCGCCCCCGGUGCGGGCCAGUCCCAGCAUCCCGGCCCCGCGCCGCCGCCCAGGGCCGCCGGGGCCGGGGCCAGGGAGGCCAGGAAGGCGGCGCCGCGCCGGGACAGAGCCGCCGCCGCCGCCGUCGCCGAGGCCGCGGGCCCGCGGGCUGCCGGAGACGCGGCGAUGGCGAAGGCGAAGGCCAAGCCGCCGGCCGACCCCGUGGUGGCCGCGUCCCCGCCUCGCGCGGCGCCCGGCGGCCAGGGCUCGGCGGCGGCGGCCGCCGCUGAGGCGGAUCCCGCGAAGGAGGAGCCGCUGGCCCGCUCGUCGCUGUACCAGGAGAAGGCGAACCUGUACCCGCCGAGCAGCGCGCCGGGCGAGGCGCUGAGCCACGGCGGGGGCCUGCGGCCCAACGGGCAGACGAAGCCGCUGCCGGCGCUGAAGCUGGCGCUGGAGUACAUCGUGCCCUGCAUGAACAAGCACGGCAUCUGCGUGGUGGACGACUUCCUGGGCAAGGAGACCGGGCAGCAGAUCGGCGACGAGGUGCGCGCCCUGCACGACACCGGCAAGUUCACGGACGGGCAGCUGGUCAGCCAGAAGAGCGACUCGUCCAAGGACAUCCGAGGCGAUAAGAUCACCUGGAUCGAGGGCAAGGAGCCCGGCUGCGAAACCAUCGGGCUGCUCAUGAGCAGCAUGGACGACCUGAUCCGCCACUGUAACGGGAAGCUGGGCAACUACAAGAUCAAUGGCCGGACGAAAGCCAUGGUUGCUUGUUAUCCAGGCAACGGAACGGGUUAUGUACGUCAUGUCGAUAAUCCAAAUGGAGAUGGAAGAUGUGUGACAUGUAUAUAUUAUCUUAAUAAAGACUGGGAUGCCAAGGUAAGUGGAGGUAUACUUCGAAUUUUCCCGGAAGGCAAGGCCCAGUUUGCCGACAUUGAACCCAGGUUUGAUAGACUGCUGUUUUUCUGGUCCGACCGUCGCAACCCUCAUGAAGUGCAGCCAGCAUACGCUACAAGGUACGCAAUAACUGUUUGGUAUUUUGAUGCAGAUGAGAGAGCACGAGCUAAAGUAAAAUAUCUAACAGGUGAAAAAGGUGUGAGGGUUGAACUCAAUAAACCUUCUGAUUCAAUCAGUAAAGACGUCUUAUAGAGCCUUUGAUCCAGCAAUACCCCACUUCAUCUACAGUAAUUAUUGACGCUGUUUGUUAACUUGUGAAUACGAAUAAAUGGGACAAAGAAAAUAGACCACCAGUUGGCAAUUUAAGGAAACAAACAACUUUUUUGUGUUGCAUCAAAACGAAGAUUUUGACUGUGUGGCUUUGUACUGCAUGAUUGACUCCAAACCUGUGAUGGGAGGAAUAUAAGUUAUCAGCUGAAAGUGGUAUUUACAUCUGGACAUGAAAUAAGUGCCCUAGGUAGAAUUUUUUCAUUCUUAUAUUUUGCCAGAUCUCUCAUCUAGCUGACUUCAUUUCAUCUCUCCCUUUUUUAUAUAGUCAAGUUUGAAUUUGAAGUAAUUUUUAUAUGAUCAGGUACAAUUUAUCAAAACUGAAUUGAGAAAAAAAUUACAGUAUUAUUCCCCAAAAUAGCAUCCAUCUAUUUUUGUAAACCUCUUCGUACUAUUAAAUUUUGCCCUAAGAGGCCUCUUAUAAUGAUUGUUGCCAGUGACUAAUGAUUACUUUAAUUUUCUUUUUACUUAAAAUAAGAAAAGGAGCACUUUAAUCACCAGCUGAAAAAUCCGAUUGUUUUGUGUCCUGUCUUACACUAAUUUGGACUCUUAAAAGUUGCUGCUGUUGUUUUCCUGACAUUGUUAGUAGUGAAACAUAACAGUAAAACCAUCACCGUUUACUACCAAUAACUUUUAGUUUAUGCUUUAUAAGAAAAAAUACACAGUAAAAAGGUUUUAUCUUUUAAGUUACGUUUAAAAAAAACUAAAGUGACUGGCACUAAAUGAACUUGAGGUUAUCCUCAGCAUCAAGUUCCCAAGAUAAAGGGCUUUCUUAUGCUUUCAGGUAUAUAUAUCCUAUAGAUGUAGAAGAUACUGUCCCCUUUCCUAAGACUUUUCCUUUUGCUUCCCGUCAAGUUGAUUGUACUUUCAAUUUUGCUGUUAACGUUUUCUUCCUACUCCUGUGCCCAUCUGGUCAGCAGAUCAGCACCUCGUUCCUGUUGGGUAGCGUCAAGGGGAGACUGUGCGCAUUCAGACUGAACGGUGUUGGUAGAGACUUAACGUGAGUGACGCCUCAGACCACUGCUGACACACUCCCCAGACAUGACGCUCUUCGUCAGUACCGAAAGAUGGAUGUUUAGCUUACAAACACAAAACACAAAGCAGAAAAACAGAUACUUUUAUGUUUCAUGAGUUUGCUUUUUCACUUUUCAGGAAAAAAAAGAGGGAAUACUACAAAAUCACACAAGGCCUCCCAGACUUCUGUUAUUUAACACCUGAAUUAGGAUGGGUGUCUCAGACUUCAGUUUCCUAGGCUCUUCAGCAAAGCCCUAAGGGUGGUAUCUGUAUUUUGCGUGAAUUAUGGGUGUAACACAGACCUUUGCCCACUUCAGUUUUCUAUCUCUAUCCUUAAUCUUCUUUGCCAAAAUAAUGUGAGUGUACAGAAAUAUUUCUGUAUAUUUCAACCUAUGACAGUUUUAGCAUCUGUAUAGUUUGUACUCAAUUAGAGACCUUUUCUAUGGAAAGCUCAGUAAUUUUUAUUAAAAGAUUGCUAUUGUUCAUGUAAAACAUGAAAAAAAAAUUGUUUAGUGAACUGACAGUGUGGACUUAGGGUGGGAUUGAAUAUUCAGUAUUGUGAUCUCACUUCCGGAGAACUUGCAGGAGACAAUUACAGUUGACUGUUGUUUUUCCUCGCCCGCGUGCAGUUUCGUUCCGCUUCCUCUCCUAGUUCCAUAGAAUACAGCGGAGCGUCUCGACAGUAAGUGCCUCUGCCCCCUGCCCUCCACACUCCCCGAGCGCAAGUGGUCUUUGCCACCUGGCCUGCGGUGCAGUGCGCUGCCUGAGGCCACAGCUCAAAACGCGCUGUUGUUUUUAGGUCUAGUAGAAAUGGUAUGAUGUGGAUGGGAGGCUUGUCUGUGAAGGUGUACAGCAACAGCCUUUUAAUCUGGGAGCCCCUGUGUCAUUCAGAUGUGUUUCUCUGCAGUUGUGCAAAGUGUCAGAUUCUACUACCUGUGGGUUUUGCUCACCAGACAGGUUUUAAGUUUUGGUUUUUUGUGUUUUUUUUUGUUUUUUGUUUUUGGAAAAGUUUAUAUAAGUUCUUGGAGAUUGUUGUGAAAGGAUUGAGAAAUCGGGAUAGCCAUUCCUUUAAUAUCCAUUUAAAAUCUGUUCAUUUCAUGUUAGUGGGACCGUUAACUUGUCACCAAGCAGGACUCUAUAUAAAACAAAACUUAAAACUUUUUGUGGCCUAUAUGUGUUUAAUCCUGGUUAAAGAUAAAGCUUCUAAUGCUGUUUUCAUUCACCAUAUUAACCAGCCGUAAAACACAGACCUUUAUCCACAGCAGGCAAAGAAUUUGAGGAUUCAUCUACAGAUAGACUAUAAAGUCAUGUAAUUUGAGAAGCGGCGUUUCAUUAUGAAAAAGCUCUCAAGAUGCUUGUAAAGCUAAUCUAAUUAAAAAGAUGUAUAAAUGUU